AUGCUACUCGUAUUUGUGGCAUGCACAGUCGGUGUCAAUUUCAUCUCGACGUUCGCAUGGCGCAAGGUACUACGGGACACCAAUGCCGAGAAGCGUCGUAGGAUCCUCCAGGAUUUGCAAUUGCCAAUUGGGCGUGUGCGAUACAUGUUCGUGGGAUUCCUGCAUCCACACAGUCAUGGCGGAGGAGGAGGCGAGCGUGUGUUGUACGAGGCUAUUUUGCACCAUCAACGAGCGGACCCGAACAUCGUUUGUGUUGUGUAUACGGGCGAUAUUGCGCCGCUUCCUGGUGGCGUGUCGAAGCAGGAGAUGCUCGACAAAGUCCGCACCCAGUUUGGUAUUGAGCUCAAUGAAAAUCGCGUGGCUUUCUUGCCCCUUGCGUAUGUUCGUCUCGUGGGCGAUAACUUCUGGAGCAUGUUCACGCUUGCUGGCCAGGCGAUCGGUGCUAAUCGUAUGGGCUACUCGGCGAUGCUGCAGCUUGUACCCGAUGUAUUUAUCGAUACGGCGGGUCAUGCUUUUACCUACUCUGCCGUGAAGAAUUUUUCAAGCCGCGUGCGCCUUGGUGCAUACAUCCAUUACCCCACCAUCAGCACCGACAUGCUGCAACGGGUGAGACAGCGGCGUCCCGGGCACACGAACCCCCCGCAGAUUGCGCAGAGCUUGCCGAGGUCCAUGGCCAAGUACGUAUACUAUCGACUCUUUGCUGCCGUGUACGGCUCUGCACUGCGACAUGCAGACGUCAUUGUCUGCAACGGGCACUGGACACGUGCCCAUGUGAUGGAUCUACUGCAAUACCGCAUUCCGCGGCCCUGGCGCACACCAACUCUUCCCCGGUUGCACGUCGUGUAUCCUCCUUGUCAGACAGCGUCCUUUACAUCUUUGCCCCUUGAGGGCCGCGAUCCUCACAGUUUACUGAGUAUCGCCCAGUUCCGCCCAGAGAAGGAGCACGAACUUCAGCUACGGAUCGUGCAUGGCUUGCUGCAGAAACAUCCGGAGCUGAAGCGACCUUCAAGUUCAGGCCGCGCCCUGCGGCUUACUCUGAUUGGCAGCUGUCGUCACGAUGCCGACAAAAAGCGUCUCGUGGCUCUUGAGCGGCUUGCCAAAGAACUGAUGAUCGAGAAUCAUAUUGAGUGGUGCGUUGAUGCACCAUUCACGACCAUGAUUGACAAGAUGCGCACCGCGAGCAUUGGUCUCAGCACUAUGGUCGAUGAACAUUUUGGCAUUGCUGUCGUUGAGUACAUGGCCGCAGGUCUGCUGACGCUCUCUCACGCGUCGGCCGGUCCUCUCAUGGACAUUGCUGUGCCUGUGAGCGGCAUGCAGACGGGAUUCCAUGCCUCAUGCCUCGAUGAAUAUAUCGACACGGCUUACCGCCUCAUGACGAUGCCCCCCUCGACGGCACUCAAAGUCCGCCGCAUCGCUCGCGAGCGGGCUGCUUCGUCUUUUAGCGAUGUCGAAUUCCACCGUCGCUGGCGCGAAUGCAUGUGGAAAGAGCUAGUCCCUCCCGAACUUCUUGUCGAGAACGACCGACUCUUGAAGCAACGCGCCAUGGCUUUGCAAGCACAGGCGGCAGGCGCAAGUCCCAUGCCGACUGUCUCAACGUAG